GGGUACUACAGUUAGUGAGUGGACGUUGAGGAGGUUGCUACCAUGGGCAUCGCAGUGCUGGUGAUAGUACUCUGUUGGAUAUACAAAAUACCAGAUGUCACAUGUUUACCGCAGGCGAAGCCAGAUGAUGCAACUUCUCAAACCGAUAGUUCAGUCAACUUUUACAUAUAUCCUACACCAGAUUCAGUAGACACGCCAAUUGUAGAUGAUCCGAGAGUGCUUCAAGACGGUCAACCCCUUACAAUAGUCAUCCAUGGAUUCAAAGGGGAUCACACAGCUCGCUCAAUGAACGCUAUAAAAGAAGCCCUUCUGAUGUCAGGAGCCUCCAACGUUGUGGUGAUGGACUGGAGUAUCUUGGCUGACGACCCCAGUGACUCCGCACUGACGGCGUACCACGAGGUGAGAGACAAAGGGGUAGCGGAGGCUGCUGCCCAGGCGGCUGCGUGGAUAAGCAUGGUCAUGGACAGCAAGAGUAUCAGCCCCGAAGACGUUCACCUGGUCGGCUUUAGUCUGGGAGCUCACGUAUCUGGGAUCAUAGGGCAUAACCUCAACAACUCACUAGGGAGAAUAACAGGUCUUGAUCCACCGAAAUUUGGAUACGAGAAGAUCCACAAACAGCAUCGCCUGGACAAGGGAGAUGCUAUGUUCGUCAACGCUAUUCAUACUUCCGGAGGAAUCCUUAGUUACACAGAGAAAGACCCCAUUGGACACGUAGACUUCUUUCCCAACGGAGAUACAGUUCCACAGAAGGGAUGUCCAUAUGAAAACCCCAUUGAUAUAAUUACUUGCAGCCAUUACAUGGCGUUCGCUCUGUUUGCCGAGUCGAUAUUCCACAAGAACGCUCUUAUCGCCACAGCUUGUGAUACCUGGGCGUCCUUCAACAAAGGUCACUGCAGCAACGGGACCCAAGCCCCCAUGGGGUACGCCACCCCUCCCACAACCAGAGGUAAGUUCUUCACGAGUACCAAGAGCAAACCUCCCUAUGGAGAAGAGGAUCCGGAGAAUCCCCUUCCAGACAACAUCAAAAGUCUCCUGGUUUACAACACCAGUGAGGCCUUCAUACAACCUAAGGACGUUGUCAACUUCCUAACACACAAAGACAAGAAGGACACCAGCAUGCCCUUAGCAGAUGAUCCAGGAGCUAGUGAUUCAGGGGUCAUGAAGGUCAAGGGGGGGUCAAAAACAACUACAACCCCAGAUCCUCCGGCGUUCCAAAACAGUGGAAGCAGCCUUUUGGCAGACGCUUUAGGCUUUAUAGCAACCUCUUUAGCAGGGUACGAGUUCGUUCAACUAUUGUGGAGCUGGUGGAGUAGCAGAUAGGGAUAAUGUUAGGAAAGAUGAAUUUUAGGAAAUUUUACUCGUGGUUGUGAUCAUGCCUUUUAAUUAGAUCAAGAAAUGAGUGUCUGUUACGGUUAAAACCGAAGAUACGGGAAACGUGAAUAUAAAGUGUAUUUUAAACUAUUUUUAAGUAUUUAUUUAAAGUGAUUCGAAUUUUUAAGUGUACUUUAAGUGCAUGGGUUCAAAAUACAACACAGCAAUCAUUUUCAAUAUUUUUCUCUGAAGAUUAAUCACGGAACUCCUAAGAGUAUUCAUGUCAUAUAUGCAUAAUUUGUUUUUAUUAACGAGUGGUCGUAAUGAUUUGUUAUGUGAUUGAGGGCUUGUACACACUAAACUUCAAACUUCAAAACUGUAAACUUAUCAAAACUUGUUAUCGAAGAUCAUGCUGAAAUAUAUGAAGAGAGACUUAAAUGUUCUAACAUGUCGAAUAAGCAUAUAUCUUGCUUAGCUUUAAUAAACUAAAACAUGGUUUAAGAUCUGGAUACAGAAAUUUAAAAUUCUGUUUUCUGAGAAAAUUGAAAUAUUUAACGAAUCGUCAUGGGGAACAUCCUGCUUCAAAUCCUCUCGGGUUUCCCCAUGACUUCCUCGUGUCAAAAUAUUAAAAUAAUACCCAUAUAAAAGGUCCGAGAUAUUAAGUGCCUUCUAAUAUUCGCAAUGAUAUCAAUUAUUUAAGAAGGGGACUCCACUAAGUGCGUAUUUUAACCCUAAUAUGAGUGAAGGAUAAGUGUGGUAUGAGAGGUGCGAUCUUGUAAUCUUGUUAGUUACUAAGGCCGACAUGUUCCUUAGUUCCUUAGGCACAGCUGUUAAUUAAUAGCUCAUACAGCUAAUAAACACUAAGAGACAUACAGUUUAUAGUGGAAUCUGGACAAAAUUUCAUCCUUGUACUUAACGAAUUGGUCCAAUUAUCAGGAUAGUUCUGCGGAUAGUCGUAGUCUCACUAGUGCUGGCGUCCACAUCAGGGAGCAUCGCAUUUUUUUUAAGAUACCACGUGUGUUAAAAUUAUUUAAAUAUGUGAUAUUUAAUGCUUAAUUUAUUCAGCCACAACUUAUCAUUUUCGGUUGCAAUAGAUGUAUGCUUUUUUUGUCCUUGUGCAAUUUCCUGCAUGAUAACAUCACAUUUCUAAUUAGUUGAUUUUGUAAGAAGCUGUAAGUAAUAUAACAAAUGAUAAUUCUCGUUCACAAUUCUGCUUCAAUAAAGCAUUGUGGAAAGGUAUUGAGAAGUGAUAGUCAAAGCAAUUAACCUUGAGAGUUGUAGGUUUUUCUCUCUAAGUCAAUAUGUUUUGACCUUUUGUCUUUCAUUUCACUGUAUUUCUUGACGAUAGAACAUGUUACCUCUAGUUGUAUGGUUAAAAUGUUCUAGUGCCUUACACGGUGUCUUUAUACAAUUUUAGCACAAAAAAGACUCUAAGUAUAAUAAGUUUAAUAGGAAUGAGCAGUAUUGAUGCUCAAAGCAAAAUGAACAAUCUUUUUUUACCAAAACUAAUCUUGCAAAUUUAUGAUAGUAACUGAAUUAGUCUACUUUUAAACCAAGACAAAAAAUAUUAUAUAAUAUUGAGGAUUCAGUGGCUGUUUAUAUUUCAGUUUUUAAAAGAAUUUUUUUUGUUCAUAUAGAGUUAAACAAAUUGUUUUUACCUUAUAAUUUUCCAACAAAAUCAUAUUUUUUUAUUAGUCAUGUGCUCAACUUCAUUGAUAAAAAAUUAUUGUGGUGAAAAUGUGAUUUUCUUGCGAUGGUCUUACUUGGUCUUACUUACUUAAUUUUAAUUUAUACCAUGACAAUUAAGUUAGCUGUAUUUUUAAGAAAAACAUUCAGAUAUUGACGAUUUGUACCCAUCCAGAUAGAAAUAUAGUUGCUGUAAUUGAAUCAUGUUAACAUAAAAAUGUGAUAGUAGUAAUUAAUGGUAAGAGUACAAACAUUCAAUAAACUACAUAAUUUCUUAUUCCAAAUUAUGAACAAAUGUAUUGGUACUUAUGGUGAAUAAAAUGUAAAAGUCCCAAAUAAUAACCUAACAUUUUUACUGCAAAAUGUUAUACAUUUAUUGUAUAAUGGUGUGUAAAUUAUUUGUUACCUUCUUCGAAAAUGUGUACAUAGCUAGGACAUAGGUAGUUUCACCAAAGAAUAUUUUGUAUAUAUUAAAAAAUUAAAAUAUG